AUGGAAGCAGAAACACUUGAUCAUAAUUUCUGGAAACUAAUCGACACUAGUCGAGGUAAAUCAAAGCUUGGGGUGGUCCUCGUUACUGCUUUGAAAUUUCCGUUGCUUUUGGCAGCUAUUCCAAGACUCAUUCUCAUUGUUUUUAUAUUCUGCCAACCACUUCUGCUUGAGACAUUCCUUGGGUAUCUGAAGGAUCCCGAAGAGAGAAAAAAUGCCAACAUUGGUAAAGCGAUAAUUGGUGCCUACGCCUUGGUCUACAUUGGUAUGGCGAUCACAUCGGCGUUUUAUUGGUAUCAGAACAUCCGGUUUAUAACCAUGUUGCGUGGUAUAUUGAUGUCGGCUGUCUACAACAAGACCACCCAACUCAGUAUCAGUGCCACAAACACUACAGAUUCGGUCACACUUAUGAGUGGCGAUGUGGAAAAUUUGGUUAGAGGCUUAAGGGAAGUCCAUGAGCUGUGGGCAGCUAUUGUUCAAAUCGCAAUCGCGACUUGGCUACUAGCAAGACAGUUAGGAGUAGCCUGUAUUGGGCCGCUGAUUGUUUGCUUUGCAUCCGCGAUAAUUAUGGGGGCAACUUCUGGCCGGGCAAAGAAAAAUCAACUUAUAUGGAUGGAAGAGCUCCAAAAACGAACUGGAAUUACCUCUUCCAUCAUGGGCUCGUUGAAAGGUAUCAAGAUGCUCGGUUUAAGCAAGAAAUUGACGGAUCUUGUGCAAAAACUUCGAAUUGAUGAAGUAACAGCGUCAAAAAAGUUCCGUAUACUAGCCGUAUAUUGUUCAACCCUUGCUUAUUUUCCCAUGAUGCUGUCACCCGUCGUGACUUUUGCAAUUUAUCUAGGAGUUGCUCUCCGAAAUAAUACAACACUUGAUGCCCAAAGAAUGUUCACGUCUCUAUCGCUGUUGAUGCUGAUCACUCAGCCUCUUUUUGGUGUCUUCCAAGAUAUCUUUGAGUUCAUGUCAUCACUGGGGUGUCUAGAGAGAAUCGAGGCAUUUUUGAACAAAGAGACAAAGAGUGAUCACAGACUGCUCUCUCCAGAGUCUACCACAAGGGUUGCUGAUAAUCAGCGCUCUGAGAAUGAUAUCGAGCUUGACCAACUCACUAUACAACGUGUGGAAAACCUAGAUGGUGAAGAGACUAUCGUGGAGGUCCGGGAUGCGUCAUUCGGAUGGAACAAAGAUGAUACUCCAGUGAUCAAUAAUAUCAACUUCUCAGUCGAUGCAGGCCAUUUAGUGAUGAUAUGCGGACCUGUCGCCUCGGGGAAGUCAACUUUGUUGAAGUCACUACUUGGGGAAACUUUGGGUCUCAAAGGGUUUGUCCGAGUCGCAACCAACUCGAUCGGAUACUGCGAUCAAGUACCUUGGCUCAUGGGAAUAUCUAUUAAAGAUAACAUUACCGGAUUCUCGAGAUUUAACCCUACCUUGUACGAUGAAGUCUUGCAUGCUUGCGACCUGGGCCCGGAUAUUUCUGUUUUCCCAGAUGGUGAUAACACCCUCGUAGGUAGUAAAGGUAUAACUUUGAGCGGUGGACAGAAGCAGAGAGUGGCCCUAGCCCGAGCCUUAUAUGCCCAAAAGAAACUUAUAAUCCUUGACGAUGUUUUCAGUGGGCUCGACAUGCACACUCAAUCGAAGGUAUUCAAUCGUGUUUUUGGUAGACAAGGAUUGCUCAGGAAGUCACAGUCCACAGUGAUCUUAGCUACACAUUCUGUUAACCUUCUUCGGCAUGCGGAUAAAAUCAUCGUUCUUAGUAGCGAUGGUACAAUUCUCGAACAAGGUUCGUUCAGCGAAUUGGUAGAAGCCGAGGGUGGAUACGUCAAAGAGGCCUCCAAAAUGCUCGAUGAAAAUGCAAUGAAACAGUCGACAGAGCAUCAAGAUACUGAAUCUUCCCCACAACCUUCACAGUCAGAGAAGAGAUCGGCUGAUACACUGGAAGACCCUAAGCGUCAGUCCGGGGACUGGUCACUCUACACUUACUUCUUCUCUCGCGUUGGCACAAAAGUCACAAUAGCCUUCAUCAUCCUUGAAAUGCUCUGGGCAUUCUUUUCGGCGUUCCCAACACUUUGGCUUAAGUGGUGGUCAGAUGCGAAUGAACGCUCUCCAAAUCAACAAGCUGGAUUGUACAUCGGUGUAUAUGUUGUUUUACAAACAGCUGGUCUCUGCUCGACCGCUCUUUUAACUUGGUGCUGCAUCAACAUCAUAGCCCGGAAAUCUGGAAUUGCGUUCCAUAGAAUCCUCUUAAACACAGUGAUGCGAGCCCCGAUGGCCUUUAUCAGCAAGACGGAAGUUGGAUCAUUGGUCAACAGGUUUACGCAAGAUCUAGGACUUAUUGAUAGACAAUUACCGAUAGCUAUCAUGUGCUGUGUAUCAAAUCUUUUCAUUGUUGUAGCGCAAGCUAUUCUUAUAUCGAGCGCUUCGGCAUACAUAGCUAUCAGCUUUCCAGCACUGGUUCUAGCGUUUUAUAUAAUUCAGAGAUAUUACUUAAGAACGUCUCGUCAAUUGAGAUUUUUAGAUUUGGAGGCCAAAGCACCGGUUUAUACUAUCUUUUUAGAGUCCCUGGAAGGCUUGUCCACAAUCCGUGCCUUUGACUGGCAAUCCUCAUUCAUUUCUAAAUCAUACGACCUAAUCAAUACAGCACAAUCGCCAUUUUACCUCCUAGCUUUACUCCAAAAGUGGCUAACACUAGUUCUUGACCUAAUGACAGCUUCUCUUGCUGUUCUCGUUGUUGGAAUCGCAGUCGCGACUCGUGAGACUGUGAGCGUCGGAUUCACAGGAGUAGCGCUAACACAAAUCAUGGGAUUUACGGAGUACAUGAAGAUGUUCAUGUUGUUUUGGACGCAGAUGGAGACAAGUCUAGGCGCUAUUUCUAGGAUCAGAGGGUUCAGCGAGGAGACACCUAGUGAAGGGACACCUGAAGAAGAAAAUGGAGUGGUACCUGCGGGAUGGCCUAUGGCGGGGAAGAUUGAGAUACAAGAUGUUACAGCCGGUUAUGAUGAGCGUAUGGUUCUAAGGGAGGUGGGGUUAUCGAUUACUAGUGGGGAGAAGUUUGGAAUAUGCGGUAGGACCGGAAGUGGUAAAAGCUCGCUGACGUUGGCACUACUACGCAUGAUGGAACUUAGCACUGGUUCCAUAUUUAUCGAUGGAGUAGACAUUUCAACCAUUCCACGAGAGACCGUCCGAGCAGAGAUCAAUGUCAUAUCCCAAGAUCCGUUCUUCUUUUCCGGAACUAUCAAGCACAAUCUCGACCCUUACACCGCGGCAACAGAUGAAGAGAUGAUAUCAGUACUUCAAAAAUGCCAACUUGGGGAUAUCAUCAGCGGGGAUAAAAGCAUAGAAGACGAGUUUACACCAGAAACUCUCAGUCACGGCCAAAAACAGCUUUUUUGUCUCGCAAGGGCGCUACUGAGGAAGAGCAGAAUCGUAGUGUUGGACGAAGCCACGAGCGGAGUCGAUAAGGAUACAGACGAAAUGAUGCAAAAAGUAAUCAGAGAAGAGAUGAAAGAUAAGACUGUUAUCGCGAUUGCUCACAGGCUACAAACGAUCAUGGAUUUCGAUAGAGUCGCGGUAAUGGAAAAUGGGAGGGUAGUGGAAGUAGGAGAACCUAAGGCCUUGUUGAAAAGAGACUCCAAGUUCAAGCAGCUGGUGGACGCAAUGUAG